CGAGCGCGUCAGGCGGCGUCUGCUUAAAGAUUCGUCUGCAAUCAGAAUUAUUAUUUUUCUCCCAUCCAUUUGCACAUGUCCAGUCUAACAAAAAACUUCAAAAGAACAUAUUAAACUAGGAAAAUGGAGUUUUUGUUAAGACAAUUUCAAAACAGGAACUUGCUUUCCAUUUGCAAAAGCUUUCAACCAGCAAUUAAUCAUGCCACUUCUAUAUCUUUAGUCAAUGAAACUUUUGGCAAAGCUUUGCUCCACACAACAAAUGUUUCAAUGGCACAGCAGCAAAAAGGGCCCCAAAAAUGGCCAAUCUAUAAUAAGAAAAUGUUUCCUCCACAGUUACCUGGAGAGGAAAGAAGACCAGCAUAUGUUUGUCACAUGAGAACCAACAUCAAGUAUAGCCCAUUUAAGAUGUGGUAUGUUGCAUCAAUGAUAAGAGGGAUGUCCAUUGAUGAAGCUCUCAAACAACUUAGCUUCGUGAAUAAGCUAGGAGCUGUCCAUGUAAAAGAAGCCUUGUUGGAGGCCCAGAAGCUUGCUGUGGAGAAACACAAUGUUGAGUUUAAAAGUAAUUUGUGGGUAGCUGAAUCUUUUGCUACCAAGGGACUUGUUUACAAGGGUGUUCGCAGGCAUGCCAAAGGAAGAGUUGGAGUAAUACAUUACUUCCACACUCAUUACUUUGUCCGCUUAGAAGAAGGAACACCUCCUCAACAUUUCUACUUGGAGACUGUACCUAAAACAACCAAAACAUUGUUAUCUGAAUGGGUUGAUGAAAUGAGGCAGAGGAGAAUCCCUCUCUCAUUAUAGUUCUCCCAAGUGCUGGUUUCUUAUAGUUGAAUGAAUAAAAACAUGUUUAAUUCCA